UCGAGAAGCUGCUGUGUGACCUUAGGCUGCACCUCUUCUGCUCUGAGCCUCCUAUUUCGGGUCUGCUCUGUGAGCACUUGGACCUGGACUUCAGAGGCUCAGAGAAGUGAAGCAAUUGCCCAGCUAUGAGAGAGCGAGCCAGGAUUUGAAACCAGGGUCCUGCCUGGAGAAAGGAGACUGAGGCCAAGAGGGCUGUCCCUCCCAAGCUCACAAGCAUGGUGGCAGCCCUGCAGGGACUAGACACCCCCUAAAGGUGCCUGUCCUUCCUCAAGCUCACUCUGCUUUGUAAGAAGCCUGGAACUUCCAGCUUUCUCCAGGAGUGGGGCUGGACUGCCUUCCCCGCUCCUGGCCCCAUCUGCCGAGGCGUCUGGCUGUUCGAUGAGGAUGCUGAGGACCUGAGAGGGGAAGUGACUUGCUUAAGGUCACUGAGUGGGAAGAGGUGAAGCAGGGCCUGUAGUCUGCGACCCCUGACUCCACACCUGGUGUUUGCUGAGACCCCAGGCUGCUUCCCAGGUCCUCUGGGACAGCCCCUGCCUUCCACCAGCCAGGACCAUGGGCAGCAACAAGAGCAAGCCCAAGGAUGCCAGCCAGCGGCGCCGCAGCCUGGAGCCUGCUGAGAACGCCCAUGGUGGCGGCGGCGGGGGUGCCUUCCCCACCUCACAGACCCCCAGCAAGCCGGCCUCCGCUGACGGCCACCGUGGCCCCAACACGGCCUUCUCCCCUGCCACCGCCGAGCCCAAGCUGUUUGGAGGCUUCAACUCCUCGGACACAGUCACCUCCCCGCAGAGGGCGGGGCCACUGGCUGGUGGAGUGACCACCUUUGUGGCCCUCUACGACUAUGAGUCCCGGACAGAGACUGAUCUAUCCUUCAAGAAAGGGGAGCGGCUGCAGAUUGUCAACAACACGAGGAAGGUGGAUGUCAGCCAGACCUGGUUCACAUUCAGAUGGCUGCAAAGAGAGGGAGACUGGUGGCUGGCCCACUCGCUCAGCACGGGACAGACGGGCUACAUCCCCAGCAACUACGUGGCACCCUCCGACUCAAUCCAGGCUGAGGAGUGGUACUUUGGCAAGAUCACAAGACGGGAGUCAGAGCGGUUACUGCUCAAUGCAGAGAACCCGAGAGGGACCUUCCUAGUGCGAGAAAGCGAGACCACGAAAGGUGCCUACUGCCUCUCAGUGUCCGACUUCGACAACGCCAAGGGCCUCAACGUGAAGCACUACAAGAUCCGCAAGCUGGACAGCGGCGGCUUCUACAUCACCUCUCGCACCCAGUUCAACAGUCUGCAGCAGCUCGUAGCCUACUACUCCAAACAUGCUGAUGGCCUGUGCCACCGACUCACCACUGUGUGCCCCACGUCCAAGCCACAGACUCAGGGCCUGGCCAAGGACGCUUGGGAGAUCCCCCGGGAGUCACUGCGGCUGGAGGUCAAGCUGGGCCAGGGCUGCUUUGGAGAGGUGUGGAUGGGGACCUGGAACGGCACCACCAGGGUGGCUAUCAAAACCCUGAAGCCAGGCACGAUGUCUCCAGAGGCCUUCCUGCAGGAGGCCCAGGUCAUGAAGAAACUGAGGCACGAGAAGCUGGUGCAGCUGUACGCCGUGGUGUCUGAGGAGCCCAUCUACAUCGUCACGGAGUACAUGAGCAAGGGGAGUUUGCUGGACUUUCUCAAGGGGGAGACGGGCAAGUAUCUGCGGCUGCCCCAGCUGGUGGACAUGGCUGCUCAGAUCGCCUCAGGCAUGGCGUACGUGGAGCGGAUGAACUAUGUCCACCGGGAUCUCCGUGCUGCCAACAUCCUGGUUGGAGAGAAUCUCGUGUGCAAAGUGGCCGACUUUGGCCUGGCUCGGCUGAUCGAAGACAACGAGUACACGGCCCGGCAAGGUGCCAAAUUCCCCAUUAAGUGGACAGCUCCAGAAGCUGCCCUCUACGGCCGGUUCACCAUCAAGUCAGACGUGUGGUCCUUUGGGAUCCUGCUGACAGAGCUCACGACAAAGGGCCGGGUGCCCUACCCUGGAAUGGUAAACCGUGAGGUGCUGGACCAGGUGGAGCGAGGCUACCGGAUGCCCUGCCCACCUGAGUGUCCCGAGUCCCUGCACGACCUCAUGUGCCAGUGCUGGCGGAAGGAGCCCGAGGAACGGCCCACCUUCGAGUACCUGCAGGCCUUCCUGGAGGACUAUUUCACGUCCACUGAGCCCCAAUACCAGCCUGGAGAGAACCUAUAGGGGGCAGCUACAGGGCCAGACUGGCUGCUCGGCGUGGAUCGGGCUGGGUGGCCCCCAGUGUGGGGUCCUGCCUCGCUCUUCCUGCCCGCUGUUGCUCCUCUGUGGGGCUGAGUUGUCAGUGAUUAGGCCUCUCCCUCUUUUGUGGCAUGGAAGGGCUUGGGGCCUGGAGCAGCCCUGAGGGCGGGGUCCAAGGCUGGCACAGUGACUGUGCCUGGCUCCUGCUCCCGCCACACACCUCCUCCUUGUACACCUCCUGGAGCUCCGUGAAUUGCAGCAGGAGGAUGUGGGGAAAAGGGCUGGAGCUGAGGGCUCCCUUUCCCAGCCUCAGCCUCCUCUACACAUUGGCUCCUUCCCUCUUCCACGCCAUGCAGGGCUGUCUCCAGAGCUGGCCAAAGAGCCUUUCCAAAGAAAAGUGAUAGGCCCUUGGCCGUCAGCCUGCCUGAUUCCCUGCCCCUUGCCGUCCAUUUCUGAAACACCUGUUCGUGGAGGCCGCUGGGUCCAGACCCCUCUGCUGUGGCUCCCGGGCAGAGCAGCCUGACGCCUAGACUGACUUGAUGAUGGUGGGUGGGGUGGGCUCCCCCCAAACCCUGCCCUUCUUAGACCCGAGGGUCCCUUAGAGAUCAUCAAUUCCUUGUCCCUUACUACCCAUGGGGAAACAGCCCAGAGAGAGGUUGUGACUUACCCAAGUCCACAGAGCAGUUCAGAGUUGAGGUGGGAUCAGAACCCGGUGCUCCCUCUGUCUUCCUCAGGAACCAAGAUUGUCCUCAGCGGCAUCAUGGACAGACUGUGGCAGCCCAAGGGACAAGGGGCCUGAGGGUGGGUUAGAGACAGCAGAGAGUUCUGCUGCUAUUUCCUGUUCAGCGGGGCUGUUGGAGGAGAGAGUGGAGGUGGGUGUGGGGCUGAGCUGGGAAUGAAGGGUGAAGGUGCAGGUGUAGGGAGGCAGACUUCAGUCAGAAUGUGGGUGGAUUUUGACCUUCAGGCUUAGCCAGUCAUGAAAGGGAGUGAGCUCCCAGGCUCUGGGGGCAAUCAAGCAGAAAUAGAAGAUCCAAGUGGUUGGGAAACUUGCCCUGGCCUUAGGAGGGGGCCCCAGGUUGUCUGCCCAGUUUGUCCUGUGUCAUUUCAAUGCCUGGCCCCUGCUCUCCUCUCCACGUUGGCACCCUAAACUCAUGAGUAGGGAAAGGAGUGCCUAGGCUGGGGUGGGAGAGGAUGAGGGUUCCACUGUCAGGGAUCAGGACUGGCUGUGAGACCUUGGGUGGACCUGACUUCUCUGGGCUGCAGCGUCUGCCUCCUUGUGUGGCCAUGGCCUCUGCAACUGCUCCCCUCCUGUCCUGUCCAGACCUGUGACCUGGUAUCACACAGUGAGCGCAGCCCGGGCGUCAGGAGACUGUUUUGGCCCUCGCUCUGCUGUUCAGCCUUAGGGUAUGUGGUGGCUUCUCCCUGGCCCCAGUGUGCUCCUCCUAAAAGGGGAAGCUGACAGUUUGUGGGCACCUUGGUAAGGGCCUCUGUGUGUGUAUGUGUGUGUGUGCACGUGUGUGUUCCUCCAUGUGUGUCCAUAUUUAACAUGUAAAAAUGCCCCUUACUCUGUCGCCCAGACACAUUGUACAUUUCACCCACAGCCCCCCGCUCAUAGCAAUAACAUUCCUGCUGCCGGGGAUUCUUGAGCCAGCCAGGCCCUGCCAGCGGAGAAGGAGGCCAAGGGGUGCCUGCCUAUGAAAUUUCAACUUUUCCUUUCAUACAUGUUUAUUACCCAAGUCUUCUCCUGUCUGUCCCAGUCCCAAAUCUGGACUCACCUACACGAGCGUGCUCUCAAAUCCCCUUCUAACUGCCCAAGGCCCUUUGUAUAAGGUGUCCUAAUACUGUCCUUUUUUUAAAACAAACAAACAGUGUUUUGUAGAUUUCAGAUGACUAUGCAGAGGCCUAGCAGACCCCCGGUUCUGGGCAGGACCUGGGGGUCCCACAUUCCAUGGCCCAGGCUCGGGGGGUGGGGGAAUCCAGAAUUGGUUGUAAAUACUUUGUAUAUUGUCUGAUUAAACACAAACAGACCUCAGA